AGAUUCUACCUGGCACAGGCUGGGCUGGCUGCUGCUGUUCUUGUCUUGCCAGUUCCGAACAUGCAACCUUGAACUGUUUUGUUGCUAAUAUUCGUACCUUCUGCUCUGAUUUCGCAACAAAACCACGAAAUGCUUUUCAUCUGACUUCACAUGAUUCUUUCGUAUAUCAGGAUGUGCGCAUCACAACAGCAAAUGUUACUAUUCUGUGGAAUUCUGUCGAAACGGUCGUAGCAGGCAGACAGUUGUAAAAAGAGAAAAAGAGUUCGUUCUGCUGGGCUUACCAGCAACAAUGUUGUACUUUAAGUUCAAAACAAUGUUUUGGUGUGGAACGUGUCGAUGGCUCUUGCUAGUGGCGAUCUUGCUAAGUACUGAUCUGUGUUGCGGACAACUGAAUCUUGUGCGUCCAACUUCUCCGUCACCGAGCCCGUCACAAGUCGGUGCAGAUUCCUACAGGAACUCUCCGCUGGGAAGUAACAGUCCUGUUUUGUCAAGGAGCUCCAGUUCUCCUUCCUCACAUUCAUCUGGAGAAAAUCCAUCCAAUGAGCCAGUUUGGGAAGCCACUUAUGCAGAUAACUGCAAUGAAGAUAUAGCAUGCUUAACAAUUGCUCAGAAUGCGCGUGGGUUGGAGGCCAUCAGAUCAUUGCAUCGACAACUAGAUGACGACGCUAAUGGAAGUGUCGACUUAUCAGAAUCUGACGAAUUUUUGAGAGAAGAGCUCAAAUAUGAGCAGGGCUCCGAAAAAAGACAGAAGGCAUUCCAUCGCAAUGAUGACAUGCAUAUAUCUGUCAGAGAGUUGUGGGAAGCAUGGCUUCGAUCAGAGGUUCAUAACUGGACUGUAGAACAGACAACAGAAUGGUUGGCCUCUAAUGUUGAACUUCCUCAGUACAUUCCAACAUUCAUUCAUCAUCGAGUUACAGGAGCACUAUUGCCAAGAUUGGCUGUGAGCAACAUGCAGUAUUUAACAUCUACUUUGGGAAUUAAAGAUCCCAUUCACAAGCAGAAGAUCCAGCUCAAGGCCAUGGAUGUAGUUCUCUUUGGGCCUCCUAAAGAUGUGAGUCAUCACUUGAAAGAUCUGGUCCUGGUCACCCUGCUGAUAAGUGCCUUGACUGGUUGCUGGUAUGCGUAUACUCAAAACAAGAACUCAAAGCGCCACCUUCGCCGUAUGAUGAAAGACAUGGAAGGUCUUCACAAAGCAGAACAGAAGCUGGAAAAUAUGCAGAAAGAGUUAGAACAAGCAAGAUUAGACCAAGAAAAUGUAGCAACUGAAAAACAAAAUUUGGAAAGGAGACUUGCUCAAGAGUGCAACACUUCUGAACUGAGAACAUCAUAUUCAGACCUUGAAGUAUCUCAGUUAAAGACUGAAAUUGAGACUUUGCGUAAUGAAUUGGCCAGAGCGGAGGGAGAACUUCAAGACCGUUGCUGGGCUCCUCCACCAGGCUUACAACAAUGGCUCCAAUUAACACAUGAAAUAGAAAAUAAAUCAUAUACAAAGAAAAAAAUAGCAGCUGAAAAACAAUUGCAACAGGCUAGAGAUGCUUGUGAAAAGUUACGCAAGAAGCGUUCAAGUCUUGUUGGGGCAUUUGUUUCAACGCAUGGUCGGUCGAUUGAUGAUGUAGAUAGAAGUAUUGUGGAAGCUAGAACUGCUCUUAAUGAGGUUACGCAAGAAUUGCAAGAACGAGUGCAUCGCUGGAAACAAAUCGAGUUACUCUGUGGCUUCAACAUUAUCAAUAAUAAUGGACUGCAAUACCUGGAAAGCGUUUUAUAUCGCAAUGUGUCAAAUGGAAGGAGCUUUGGCCUUCGAAGUCGAAUGGGUAGCAGCCAGGACGACUUGGAUGAUGAUACUUGUUCAUUGUACUCACCAUCUUCAGCAGGUGCCCUUGAAGCUUGGGUUAGAGAGGCGGACUCCUCGGGAAGCGAAGCAGGGCGCCAGGACAAUGAGGAAGAUUUGUCUCCAAUGAGCCCAACCAGUGAAGUUCACUCUGACAUGAAGACAGCCGACGGAGCAAACAAUGUGCAUUUUAUUGUCGGGGGUGAAUCCACUUGGUCGGACAUGCAGCAGAAGACGACACAGCCUACGUUGAGGCACAAUCGAAAGGAUAUAGGACCUAGUAUGGUCCGUUCACAAUCACAAGAUGCUGAUAUUUCUCUUGCUGGUUCAGAGAUAAGUCCUCAAAAAAUCUUCCAUUCUGAGACUUCUUUACAAUACAGAAGUACUGGCGCACCAACUCGACGCUUGAUUAGAGAGGCGUCAAAAGAUUCACAUGCCUCCUCUCAUGGCUCCUCACAAGGGUCAUCUCAUGGGUCAUCGUCAACCCCACCCCAAGGUAACCCAGAACAGCGGUUGAUUGAUGAAGAAGCUUGUUCUACAGAUUCCAAUCCAGCUCUCAUAGAUGAUGAUUUCAUUCGUCGGAAGAAGAAGCACAAAUUACAUUUUCCAUCACUCACAAGGCGUAGCACUGGGAAAGGAAAGACCAGUACAGUGACAGAAUAAACUCUGUCCAAACCGGUGAGGUUUUAGUGUGAUUUCUAUGUGGUGAGGGCCUUAUUACCUAUGGAAGCAAGUGUGUGAUGUUUUUGAGUGAGAGGUGUGUAAAGCUUGUUUCAGACCACAAACACUAUUGUUAAAAUCAAUUUCUCUCUUUCUCUUCCCUUUGGGAAUGGAGUGAUUUGUAGAUGCUCACUUACCAAAUUUUAAAUGUUACGUUUUGAUUGUGAUCUAAACUUUACACGCUUAUUCAACUGAUGCUGAAACAGAAUCAUCCUCAAAGUUCUCUCUUUACAAUAUCCAUUAACCAAAAUCAUAAUUAGAUGUUGACUUCAGCUGUCUCUGACUUUUGCUCUCUAACAGAAAAUUGAAACCUUUUCUUGUUAUAUCGCAAUCCAUAGGGUUCUGACAAAACCUUGUUGUGUUGGCUGAUUGGCCACUUCUUGCAUUGUUCAGAGUUCUAUUCAUUGGUUGUGUAAUGUAGGCCGCAGAGUCCAGUUACCCUGUAAAUAUUUAUGUCUACUUAGAGACUCGUUUCUGUUUUUUUGUAACUUCCUGGAACCUGUGGGUAAUUUAAAUUGGGUUUUUAAAUUUUAAAUGAAGAACUGAUUUCUAUUGGUGAUACUUUUAGAUUUUCCAACAGUCUAUUUUAUCAUUGAUUUCUUUAUUUUUCACUUGUUUUUUCUUUAUAUUGACUUGUUGGAAACUGACUUGCACUCUACAGUGCCGAUAUGACUGUUUUAAUGUGAAAUACCAAUAGUGCAAUCAAGUGCAAUAGUAAUAGCAAAUUGUUACAAAGCGUGAUAAGAACUUGUUAAAGACUAAUUAAUUAAUACAAAAUUUUUCUGAAAAUGCCCACAUACCUAUAAGAAAGCUCUAUUUAAAUGAAAGUAGUAAUCAUCUCAGCAGAAAAGGUGGUUGUUCAACAUUAUAGCACUUUUUUUUUUAAAAGAUAGAAUACUCUUUGGGAGGAAAAAAGGAGAGAAAAAACAAGAAACAAACAUGGAACUAAUGUACUUAAUCAGAGUUUUGUUGAGUUGAAACUAUUGUAUUGGGAGUGCACAACAAAUUAUUGAAUGCAUCCAACUGUAUACAGGAAACCCAUGCACAUUUGCACAACAUUUUUGUGGGGAAACAAAGCUUUUUCAAGGUUUGUUAUUGUUUUGAUUUUUUUAUCACACUGAAAAAAGAGUCUUGCUGUAAGUUUUUACAAUGGCCUACAUGUUAUUCCGAAGAUAAGUGUUUUGUGUCAGCUUUCUGUAAGAAAACAAUAUUAGGACACAAUAAUUUUGUAGUUCAUACUUUGGGAUCGAAUUUAACAUGGUUCAAGAGAUGUUCAGACAUUUUCAUCUAGUGUGGACACCGACACCACAUGGUAUUAAAAUUGUUUUUCAUUAUUUAAUGUUAACAUCUGAGGUCCAACAUCCUUCAAGAUGUUUGUGACAACUUUGUGAUACACCAUUUUUACUAUAUUUCUCAUCUUUGGUGGUAACUGUACUUAUUUAUUCAAGAUUUCAUGUUAAGUGUUUGUCGCAGAUAGAAUUGAAUGUUACAAUGGUUAACAAUUUGGGUUUUACCAAGUCAUGUUAUUGUGAUAUUAAAAUAUUAUCAUUUUAAUCGGACCGAAUGCAAUAUUUGCAGACCUUGUAUUGUCAUUUUCUUGACAGUGAUUCAGAAAGCCACAAAGAAGGCUGUGCUAUGAAUGGUGUUAAGUCUUUCUUCAAUAUGUUUCAGUUCUUUCAUGCAUCAGAAAAUUGGGCAUACAGUAUGCUUAUUCUUUGCAUUACAGUCUUCCUUAUGGUAGUAAUUUUUGUUGUUGUCUUUUGUUGCUUUGGGCUGUCACAGCUGUCUUUCAGCCAAGAUCAGAUUCUUAACAUAAUUAAGAGUCUAAGCCAGAUAAAGCCAAAUGUGUGAAAUUUUGAGGCACCACCAAGGUUUUCUGACACUGAAUGCAGCAUGCAACAUAUCGAGCUAAACUGUUUACCAAGAGCAUGUUCAUUUGAAUCUCGUUGACUCUUUGGCAACAGAAACAAUGCUUAGACAUAAGAAGCCUUCAACUGGUAACAGCAAGUUGUCAUCUGGAAGUAUUCAUAUUAAUUAUUAACUGUUUAAAUUGUUACCUCCGAAUGAUAACUCAGAGGUGCAGUAUUCACCUAUUAUGUCCUUUAGUGCUCAAACGGGCUACAUGUCUUCCCAGCAUUUUUUCUUUGUUGAAUGUAUUAAACAAUUCAUCCUUUUUUUGUGAUCCACCGUACUACUUAUGUUUAAUCCUAGACAAUCAUAGACAACAUUCUGGCACCUCCUGUUUGUCAGGAAGGAGAUGAGAAUGGUUUUGCAAUAGAUUGUGCUUGGAUUUUAAUUUUAAGUAUCUGUUUAACAAAAAUUCAUAUAUUGGGUGUUUUUGUUAUUUUGUGGUAGAGUGAAUCCAUAGCUUCAGUUAAAAGAAGUUUUUUUUUAUUGUUUUGGUCAAUGUAUUUUUAAUUUGUUUCAAAGAAUAAUUCAAAGUACCAUUGUAACAGUACAGGUAAUUUUGAUUUACCUACUUAUUCUUUGGAGCUGUAUUUAACUUUGUACUGUUUUGUUUGUUUCCUUCUCUUGCCAUACAUUUUACGUCCUGUUAUCGCCUUAUUAUUGAAUAGAUGAAAUUUAAAGUGGCUUUUCUGAUGCCUGACAUUAGGUCAGUUCAAAUCGCACUGCAGAUUACAGCUUGUCUCUUGAUUUUGACCUGUAUAUUCUAAAUGGAAAUAUUUUAUGGUGAGGAAUGCUUACUAGGCUUUUGUUCUUAAGAUUUGAUUUGUUACAUGACAGGACCUCAAACUGUUCUUGUUUUCUUUUUUAAAUGUGUGUAAUGUACUGAUAUCUGAUAAUGAUGAAAUAGUGAGAGGUAUUGAUAUUGAACAAAAAGAAUUUUGAAAUGAAAGUAAUUGUAAUAAAUAAUAAAGAUUUAUCAUUCAG